UGUAUUUGGCAUAUUAUGAGCAAAUUUUUUGAAAAAUUGGGUGCACUAUCAUAUAAGGAACAUUAUGAUGAGUUGAAGAAUUGUAUAUGGAAUUCUGAAACACCUGGAGAGUUUGAUGCAAGAUGGGCAACUAUUAUAGGAAACUCUAAGUUGUCUAGUAAUAAAUGGUUGCAAGACAUGUAUGAAAUUCGUGAUAGAUGGGUUCCCACACAUACGAACCACAUGUUUUCUGCCCACAUGACUAGUAGUCAACGGGCUGAAAUUUCUCAUUCGUUUUUCAAGAGGUAUGUGUCCAAAGAAAAUUCAAUGAUGGAUUUUGUGACGCGAUUCAAUAGGGCACUUGCCAAAGUCCGACAUAAUGAAUUGGAUUUGGACCAUAAAGAUGUAAAUGAAAAGCCUCUUUUGAAAACUUCGUGGGCAAUGGAAAGGAAAAUGAGUGAAAUAUAUACAUGGAGCAUAUUUGAGAGGUUUCAAGAGGAAAUCUUUCAAAUUAAUGCGUAUGUGAUUACGUUCAUACACGAGAAUGAACAUUGGUGUUUGUGGAAUGUUCAGAGAGAAGAAACGGAAGGUGCGAGAACCCAUGAGAUUUCGGUGGAUAAGUCAUCCAACUGUGUGAGUUGUAGCUGUAAGAUGUUUGAAUUCGAUGGAAUUCCAUGUCGGCACCUGUUGGCGUACCUUUUUAGAAUGCAAAUUAGGGAACUCCCUAGUGAAUACAUCUUGCAUAGGUGGACGAAAACAGCAAAAACGGGCAGGGUGAUGGAUGACUUAGGUAGUGGUGUAAAAGAAAUAUGUAACAGUUCACUUCUUGUGAGGCGACAAGGUCUCUUCCAACUUGCUUGUACAGUUAUCGAUGAUGCUGUAUUAGAUGAAGAAGAAAGUGAAGUUGUGCAAGAAGCUUUGGAUUCUAGUCAAAAGAAGAUUGCAUUGAUGAGGAGUUCUCGCCAAGAUGGUUCAACGAGUCGUAUCCAAGUGCCUUCUUCUCUCGGAAGCCAACAUAAUUUGAAAGAACCACUUCAAGUUAGGGCUAAGGGUUGUGGUAAGCGUUUGAAAGAAGGAAAAGAGAAGGCCAUCAAGAAGGUGAGGAAAUGUAAUGGUUGUGGGUUAACGGGGCAGUCGCAUGACAAAAGGAAUUGUCCAAAGCUUAUGAACAUGUGUUCACAGGAUGUUAGGUUGAGUGAUGACGAGGACGAUGAAGAGGAUGACAUUGACGAUGAGUGUAAGUGUUUGUGGUACAUCUAAGUUUAAUUCCUUAGUUGUUCUUGUCUUUUGUUUCGUCUAUUGAUGUCAUUACCUAUUUGGGUUGUAGGAUGGAUUGGUGCUUCCACAUGAAUUUCCUUACACAUAUGGACAUUUGUCGUACCUUCCAACAAUGUUGUAGAGGGUUGAUUUUUCAGGGUUUGGACAUUAUAUAAUUUCCUAAGUUUACUGUUGAUUGUGGAAAUGUUUGGUCUUUGUGGAGCAAUGUAAGCAUUUGGAAAUGUUUGGUCUUCGUCAACGUUAUAUAAUUUCAAGUACUUUUCUUGAGGUGAGAAGCAAAAUAGAACAUUAGUUCUGAAGGUUGUAUCGUUCUUAUUGAUUCGAUUUUUUUGGAG